CGUUGCCAUUUCGGGCGUUGUGGCGGGUCCCGCCCGCCGCCGGUGUCCGGUUACCGGCUCCUGGGCACGGCGGGGGCAGGAGCCGCCGUCCCCGGGGCCGCCGCCCGCCCUCCGCGCCCCCGAGCAGGUGCCGGCAGAUCCCCACCAUGGCGGAGGCUCACCAGGCCGUGGCCUUUCAGUUCACCGUCACCCCCGAGGGCUUGGACUUCCACCUCAGCCGGGAGGCCGUCAAGCAGCUCUACCUCGCCGGCAUCUCCUCAUGGAAGAAGCGCUUGGUCCGCGCCAAGAACAGCUUCCUGACUGGCGUCUACCCCGCCUCCCCCUCCAGCUGGAUGGUGGUCGUGAUGGCCACCGCCGGCUCCUUCUACUGCCAGGUUGACCCCUCCCUGGGGAUGAUCGCCCGCAUCCGCCACUGCCUGCCCGAGAGCCGCCUCCUGAGCUACGAGAGCCGGACGAUGGUGAGCGCCGUGCUCUUCUCCACCGGCGUCUGGCUCUCGGCCGUCCUGCUCUUCCGGCAGGCGCUGAAGCUGCUCCUCUCCUACCAUGGCUGGAUGUUCGAGCCCCACGGCAAGAUGAGCCGCAGCACCAGGAUCUGGGUGGCGCUGAUGAAGGUGCUCUCCGUCCGCAAGCCCCUGCUCUACAGCUUCCAGACGUCCCUGCCCAAGCUGCCCGUGCCCCCCGUGGAGGCCACCAUCACCCGGUACCUGGAGUCGGUGCGCCCGCUGAUGGAUGAUGAGAAGUACGGGAAGAUGGAGGCUCUGGCCAAGGAGUUCAAGGAGAAGACGGCUCCGCGGCUGCAGAAGUACCUGAUCCUCAAGUCCUGGUGGACAACCAACUACGUGAGUGACUGGUGGGAGGAGUACAUCUACCUGCGUGGCCGUAGUCCUCUCAUGGUCAACAGCAACUACUACGCCAUGGAUUUCCUCUACAUCACCCCCACCCACGUCCAGGCUGCCCGGGCGGGUAACGUGGUACACGCCAUCCUGCUCUACCGCCGCAAGCUGGACCGCGGGGAGAUCCCCCCUAUGAUGGCGCUGGGCAUCGUGCCCAUGUGCUCCUACCAGUCCGAGCGGAUGUUCAACACCACCCGCAUCCCCGGCAAGGAGACGGACACGCUGCUGCACCUGGUGGACAGCAAGCACCUGGCCGUCUACCACAAGGGCCGCUUCUACAAGGUGUGGCUGUACUACGGGGGGCAGCUCCUGCGCCCCCGCGACCUGCAGCUCCAGUUCCAGCGCAUCCUGGACGACCCCUCGCCCCCCCAGCCCGGCGAGGAGCGGCUGGCGGCACUCACCGCCGGAGAGAGGGUGCCCUGGGCCGAGGCUCGCGCCCGCUUCUUCAGCCACGGGAAGAACAAGGCGUCGCUGGACACCAUCGAGCGGGCGGCCUUCUUCCUGACGCUGGACGAGGAGGAGCACGGCUACAGCCCGGGCCGGGAGGGCUGCAUGGACGCCUACGCCAAGUCCCUGCUGCACGGCCAGUGCUACGACCGCUGGUUCGACAAGUCCUUCACCCUGGUGGUCUACAAGAACGGGAAGCUGGGGGCCAACGCCGAGCACUCCUGGGCUGACGCACCCAUCAUCGGGCACCUCUGGGAGUUCGCGCUGGGGACAGACAAAUUCCAGCUGGGCUACACGGAGGCGGGGAACUGCCUGGGGGAGCCCGACACCAUGCUGGCCCCCCCCCAGCGCCUCCAGUGGGACAUCCCCCAGGAGUGCCGCGCCGCCAUCGAGAGCUCCUACCGCCUGGCCAAGGCGCUGGCCGACGACGUGGACUUCUGCUGCUUCCAGUUCUCCCAGUUCGGGAAGGGGCUGAUCAAGAAGUGCCGCACCAGCCCCGACGCCUUCAUCCAGAUCUCCCUGCAGCUCGCCCACUUCCGCGACAAGGGCUGCUUCUGCCUCACCUACGAGGCCUCCAUGACGCGGCUCUUCCGCGAGGGCCGGACGGAGACGGUGAGGUCCUGCACCGCCGAGGCCACCGCCUUUGUGCGCAGCAUGGUGGACGCCCAUCAGACUCGAGCCGAGCGCCAGCGGCUCUUCAAGCUGGCGGCCGAGAAGCACCAGCACAUGUACCGCAUGGCCAUGACGGGCGCCGGCAUCGACCGCCACCUCUUCUGCCUCUACGUGGUGUCCCGCUACCUGGGGGUCCAGUCCCCCUUCCUGGCCCAGGUGCUGUCGGAGCCCUGGCGCCUCUCCACCAGCCAGACGCCGCAGCAGCAGCUGAAGGUUUUCGACCUGGACAAAUACCCCGACCACGUCUCCACCGGCGGCGGCUUCGGCCCCGUGGCGGACGAUGGCUACGGCGUCUCCUACAUCAUCGCCGGGGAGAACCUCAUCAACUUCCACGUCUCCAGCAAGUUCUCCAGCCCCGAGACGGACUCGAAGCGCUUCGGGAGGAACAUCCGUCAGGCCAUGCUGGACAUCGCCGAGCUCUUCGACAAACAGGGCGAGAAGGCGAGGAAGUGAGGGGGGGUCAGACCCCCGCCUGGGGGGGCACAUGGAGCCGGGGCCAGCGGGGGCCGCUGCGAGCCCCGGUGCUGGGUGA